GGCCCCUCGGGCCGGGGUCGCUGUAAGUUUCCAGUGUCACUUCUGCAUUAGCUGAUGGAAGAUGUGUAACUGUGGAUGAACCAAUGCACAUGCACAACUUCAGGAUAAGAAUGGUGUUGUAUGUUGUAUUGCUAAGUACAACUGACUUGCACAUGGAGAUAAACUUCCACCAAGAAGGUGGUAAUUUCUAUAAAGAGUUGGCAGGAAAUAAAUGUGUGUGAAGAAGUUUCUGCAUGAAGACUGUCUGUCCAGUAGCAAUUACCUGACAAAAUGACUUAGCAUAUGUCCUCUCAUAUUGAAUUGAGCCUUAAAAAUGAUUAGGGUUACAUGUUAACUUUAAUACACUUCUGAUGAAUGUUCUAGAAAUGAGUUUGCAUCGGCAAAUGGGUUCUGAUCGGGACCUGCAGUCUUCUGCCUCCUCGGUGAGUUUGCCUUCAGUUAAAAAGGCACCAAAGAAAAGAAGAAUUUCAUUGGCCUCUAUCUUUCGGAGGAAAAAGGACACAAAACGCAAAUCUAGGGAUUUAAAUGGAGGGGUGGAUGGAAUUGCAAGUAUUGAAAGUAUACAUUCGGAAAUGUGUACUGACAAGAACUCCAUUUUCUCCACGUAUACCUCUUCAGACAGUGGAGGAACCUCUAUCAGCAAACCGAGUGGAGACUUCAUGGAGUGUCCCUUGUGCCUUUUGCGGCACUCUAAGGACAGGUUCCCAGAAAUAAUGACUUGUCACCAUAGGUCUUGUGUGGAUUGCUUACGUCAGUAUCUCCGGAUAGAAAUCUCUGAGAGCAGAGUUAAUAUCAGCUGCCCAGAAUGCUCUGAACGAUUUAAUCCCCAUGAUAUUCGUUUGAUAUUAAAUGAUGACAUCUUGAUGGAAAAAUAUGAAGAAUUUAUGCUUAGACGGUGGCUAGUUGCAGACCCGGAUUGUAGAUGGUGCCCAGCUCCAGACUGUGGAUAUGCUGUGAUUGCUUUUGGCUGUGCCAGUUGUCCCAAACUUACCUGUGGGCGUGAAGGCUGUGGUACUGAGUUCUGCUACCACUGUAAACAGAUUUGGCAUCCAAACCAGACCUGUGAUGCUGCUCGCCAGGAAAGAGCCCAUAGUCUGCGCCUGAGAACAAUUCGUUCUUCAUCUAUUAGUUAUAGCCAGGAGUCUGGAGCAGCAGCUGAUGAUAUAAAGCCAUGCCCACGUUGUGCUGCUUACAUAAUAAAAAUGAAUGAUGGAAGCUGCAACCACAUGACUUGUGCUGUGUGUGGUUGUGAAUUCUGUUGGCUAUGCAUGAAAGAGAUCUCGGAUUUGCAUUAUUUAAGCCCAUCAGGUUGUACAUUUUGGGGAAAGAAACCAUGGAGCCGUAAGAAGAAAAUACUGUGGCAACUGGGAACGCUUGUUGGAGCUCCAGUAGGAAUUGCUUUAAUAGCUGGCAUUGCUAUUCCUGCUAUGAUUAUUGGAAUCCCUGUGUAUGUGGGGCGUAAGAUUCACAAUCGAUAUGAAGGCAAAGACAUUUCGAAACACAAACGAAACUUGGCUAUUGCAGGUGGUGUAACCUUGUCUGUAAUAGUUUCUCCAGUUGUAGCUGCAGUAACUGUAGGUAUUGGUGUUCCUAUUAUGUUGGCUUAUGUGUAUGGAGUUGUUCCUAUCUCCCUCUGUCGCAGUGGAGGCUGUGGGGUGUCUGCAGGCAAUGGAAAGGGUGUCAGGAUAGAAUUUGAUGAUGAAAAUGAUAUAAAUGUUGGUGGAACAAAUGCAGCAGUAGAUACCACUUCAGUAGCAGAGGCACAUCAUAACCCUAGUAUAGGAGAAGGAAGUGUUGGAGGAUUGACUGGAAGCCUGAGUGCAAGUGGUAGCCACAUGGAUAGAAUAGGAGCCAUUCGGGACAACCUGAGUGAAACUGCUAGCACCAUGGCACUAGCUGGAGCUAGUAUAACAGGGAGUCUGUCAGGAAGUGCAAUGGUCAGCUGUUUUAACAGGCUGGAAGUUCAAGCAGAUGUGCAGAAAGAACGAUACAGUCUGAGUGGAGAAUCUGGCACAGUUAGCUUGGGAACAGUUAGUGACAAUGCCAGUACCAAAGCAAUGGCAGGAUCCAUUCUGAAUUCCUACAUCCCAUUAGACAGGGAAGGCAACAGUAUGGAGGUGCAAGUUGAUAUUGAAUCGAAGCCAGCUAAAUUCAGACACAAUAGUGGAAGCAGUAGUGUUGAUGAUGGCAGUGCUCCAGGUCGCAGUAAUGCUGGUUGUUCAUCGGCCUGCUUGCCAGAAAGUAAAUCUAGUGCCACCAAGUGGUCCAAAGAAACGACAGCAGGAAAAAAAUGUAAAGGUAAACUGAGAAAAAAGAGUAGCAUGAAGAUAAAUGAGACCAGAGAGGACAUGGAUGCUCAGUUGUUGGAGCAACAAAGCACAAACUCCAGUGAAUUUGACUCUCCCUCUCUAAGUGACAGUAUCCCAUCUGUAGCAGAUUCCCACUCAAGUCAUUUUUCUGAGUUUAGUUGCUCAGAUAUGGAAAGUAUGAAAACCUCAUGUAGCCAUGGUUCCAAUGAUUAUCAUUCUCGCUUUACUACAGUUAGUGUUCUCCCUGAGGUAGAAAAUGACCGUUUGGAAAACUCUCCACACCAUAGUGCAAUUCCUGUGCUUGCUCCACCUGCCCCAAGCACUGAAGUUCCACAGCUGAGUUAUAUUGCUGAAGAAUGUGCUAAUAAUGGAACUUCAACUAAUGUAGGUGUAGGUCUUGGUGAAACACUGAAAGAAACAAAUAACAACCAUUCACAGCAUGCUGUGGAAUUAAACACUGCAAUUCAGACUGAAAUUUAGACCUACAAGUGCUGCAAAAAUAGAUUUACCACUAAAGAACCCUGUCUGAAAGCUGGUUGAACUACAUGUGACUUCUGUAAGUUUCAAGUGGCCAGCAGAAGCAAGGUUUUGAUGCAAUUACAUUUUAUAUAUGCCUGCCUAGUAAGGCAGAAUGCUUCAUGUGGAUCUUGUUACAGACCUGUAUGAAGUAUAUGAAGGCUUUAACAAGUGCAUUACAACAGGACAAUAUGAUCUUGUUUUGUAUUGUUGCCACAACUUUGCUUGAAAGUAUAUACUUGUGUAGUCAGAUAAACAAUUGGCUCAUUCAUAAUAUGUUAAAUGCUAAAUUGAAUAAUCUGUCCUAUACUGUUCACUUGAAAAAUGUGGGGCUUGGGAUAAGUGGGUGAUAGAUCAGCAGUAGUAACUAAUGAAACCAUUCUUGGGUGAACACUAGUUAGGGGAAAUGAGUGUCGCAGAGACCUGAGUGAUAAUAAAUCUUUGUCAGUAAUAAAUCUUUGUACUGACCAUUUUGCCUCAUAACUGGACACAAAUUUCAAAUGUUUGCAUUUAGAAUGAAUCACGUAUUCAGAGCUGGAUGCAGCCUGUUUCAGAAGUGCUUGUAUACUUGUACACCUUGAGCAAGGUUAUGGCAUUUUGCAUAAUUCUGAAAUAAAGAAAAUUGGAACUUAAUAUGUGGUAGAAAAGUGACAUUUCCUUAUGAAGAACAGUCCAGGUAAUUCAAUUAUAUAUGCAUCAGAUAUGGCUACAUAUACUGUAUAAAAACUGUAAAGUAAGAAUCCAUUGAUUUAUAAACAUUGCAGAGAAGCAGAUACAGUCACCUUUCAUUAAUGGAAGAACAGUGCCCCUUUGAUUCUUGGUGCCUUUGGAAUAGACUGGGUUUUAAGUGCCUGGUCGUUUGAGGAUUUUACUGUAAUGUUUUCCAGAAUGUCCUCUUUGGCCACCUUGGACUAUAAAGGAAAACUUUAUAGAAAAUAAAAUGACUGUGGUAGAUAAUGUGUAUAAUAAUAAUGAAGUAUUAGCCUACCAAAGACUCACUCAGGCUUUAGUGGAUAACUUUUACAUGACAUCUGUUUGCAAAACACAUGAACAUCUUCAGUCACAGAAUUAAAGCACAGUGCAGAGCUUGCACAAGUACAAAAGAUGGGUUCCAAAUCUGACUGGCUUUUCUUUUUUCAUUUGCUUAUGGAAGAUACACAACUAAACACAAGCUGAAGUUGGCAAAAGCGCCUGCACUAUUACAAUUUUUGCUGCAUAAUUCAUUAAACUGAAAAAAAAAAAUCGUGGCUAUCAGAAUAACAGUUAACAAUGUUCUGUCUUGUGUUCUUUGUAAGUAUUGCCAUUAUGGUGCUACCAAAAGUUUGGUAUGGUAAAAAGAAAAAUGCCAUGGGCUGCAGUCCUCUUCCAUGACUUAUCCCCACCAACUUCAUUAAUAUGCUUAUAACACUAGUGCCAGUUAUGUUAUUUGAUAAUGCUUGUUAUGGUAUUUGUAUAUUUGCAAUUCAAUUUUGCUCAAUAAUAUGCGUGUAAACUGCAUACCUGAAAUAAAUGUCUACAUAAUAACUUUUUAGUUGUCCUUUGUUUAGUGCACAAGUGGCCUUAUAAGAAUGUGACUGUUCAUUGAGGCUCUUUUCUACAAGGAGUGGUGCACUCUCCUUUCCCAUUGCCUUUGUUCAUACUCAUUUUUUUAGGUACAGCUUUGGUGGGAGUUGAAGGUUUCUGGCACCCAAAGUAUUUUUUCAUACUAUUGCAAGGUGGCCUUGCUUUUUUCUUCUUCUUACCUGCCAAAGUAGUGACCUUCAUUGCCACUUCAGUAGGCAGAAAAGUAAAUUGAUUCAGAGGACAGAAAUAUCAUAAUUGUUUUACAGGAACGUAUGCUAUUUUUCCAACAUACACAAAUGGGCCGACAGCUAGCCAUUCAGAUUGCUGAUCACUUACCAUUUUUCCCUUAGAAAAUUAAACAAAAACAUGCUCCUUCCUCCUCCACCUGAAACAAAACCCUAUGAGCCACUCAGAAAGCAGUUUGUUCAAGUUUGCUGUACUUAUGAUAAUGUUUAUGGAUAACCAGGUUUCCGAUUGACUGACGAGCACAUUCAUUAGAUCUUUUCCCUUAGUCUGUUGGUCAAUGAUAUAGUGAGAAACUGAAACUGUAUUGUCAUCCAACAAAGGGAAUAAAUGUGUCCAUCCCAUUCCCAAACUGUACUUUAGCAGUAAUUUUCUUCAGGGGAUUCUGGUAAUAACAACAAACCACAAGAGUUAGAGUUAUAACGAUGAUGUCCUCACCAAAGUAAUUGGAAGUAAAUUGUCUUUUAUACUUGUAGAUUAUACUAAAUAAAAUGGUUAACUUUA